CCCGUAGAUCAACGGAAAAUCACGGGAAAAUAAAAAGAUCAUAAGGGCAGUAGCUCGUGCGGGGCCGACGUAUCACCAAAAUGGCGACUUCAGCAGGGCAACGUUUCCUCACGAAAUAACCGAUUAAUGCCACAACUUUCUCAUGACAACGCACAGCCACGGGAAAAUCCAGCUUUUUCCUGCAAAUAGAGCGGAGACGAGCUUGGCGGCAGGACAAAGCUAAACAGCUGAUUGGCCCGCACUAGUCACGUGGUCCGCUCCGAUCCAGUCCGGAAUAUACACUGCGAACUUGUCAACGGAUCGCACGCACCUAACUAUUAAACCCAAAAACGUUAACUACGCAGCAACUCCAAGACAAGAAACCAAGGAGUUGUAUAACUGUCAGCGGAAAAUGCGACGUAUUAAUACCAAUUAAUAGUUUGUCAUUUAAAAUCUCCACUCGAUUCAAAGAUCUCUCAGGAGCUAUACUUUGACUGUCAAAUUUUUAAUGAACAGAAAACAUCUUUUUUUUUUAAAUACAUCAUAAACUCUAUAAAUCCACUUGCUCCAUUCUCAUGGCACUUUCUUACUCUUUCCUAUUUCUUGCGCCAUGUUUUCUCGCUGAAUGCUGCAUACUCUAACGGGACACAGUCGAAUCUGUUUGUAUUCAGCACGUGACUUUUUGGGGAAUUUAAAAAUGGACAAGCUCGUACGAUUUUGGUACUAGGAUCGGGUGAUCGUUUUGGCUAGAUGGAACUCUGGAUGGAAUUUUGUCGCUUUUAAUCUAGAUUGUUUUAUAGUCGAUGAACUAGAUGUAUCCAAUGAAGCGCUGUUUCAGUUCCGGUCCGUUGUUCCUUUGCAAUAGACAGGACCGGUAAAAUGGACGAUAUAGCAUCCCGAGCAUCCGAUCAUGUUUUAGAGGUGAUAUUUUCGUACCUGGACCUUCAUGCGUUGAGAAACUGUUCGUUGGUGUGUAAGAACUGGUAUAGAUUUCUCAAUGAUGAGAAUAAUGACGUGUGGCGGAUGCACUGCAUCAGAAAACUCGCUCAAGAGGCACUCAGUUCAGAUUUACUAUCCUCGGUGCCGACUUAUAAAGCUAAACUUCGGGCUUUUUAUCAUGCUUGGAAUCCUAAUGAUUGUUCCCGCAAUAUUUACAUCAAGCCCAAUGGAUUCACCUUGCAUAGAAACCCUGUGGCACAGAGUACAGAUGCUUCUAGAGGAAAGAUAGGAUUCAGACACGGUCGUCAUGCGUGGGAAGUAAUUUGGGAAGGUCCGUUGGGCACAGUUGCAGUAAUAGGAAUUGCCACCAAGGAAGCACCAUUAUUAUGUCAUGGUUAUGUCGCGCUCCUUGGAUCUGAUGAACAAUCCUGGGGCUGGAAUCUUGUCGAUAACCAUUUACUACAUAAUGGUGAUGCACAAGGGAAUUAUCCCUUGCUCAAUAAUGCACCCAAGUAUCAGGUUGGAGAAAGAAUCAGGGUAAUACUUGAUUGCGAUGACAAUACCUUGUCAUUUGAAAAAAACUAUGAGUUUUUAGGUGUUGCAUUCCGAGGGUUACCAGACAAAAGAUUAUAUCCAUCAGUUUCUGCAGUGUAUGGAAACACUGAAGUUUCGAUGGUGUACCUAGGACCUCCUUUGGAUGGCUAACGAUUCCAGACCGGUGGUGGAACGGCAUCCCCAAGGAGCAUAAUUACCAAGUACAGAACAAGUACUAGGAACACAGUGCGAGUGCACAACUACGUACUGUAUAAUUUUACUAUGUAAAAUUUCCACAUCGACCAUUGGCGACGAUCUUCCCUGGACGGAAACGCGCGUUGGUCGCUUUAGUCACUUAAAUAAUUGCCUCGAUCAAAAUGUACAUAGUCCAAGUCCGACGUAGCUGUAAGUUCUUCGAAGAUAUAGAAGGAAUGCUUAUCUUGCGAGUAAAGCGACGUUCCUUUCGUCAAGAAUCCACUACUUGCUCGCACACAGGAGAGAAACAAAAUAAUAGCUUUCAUUUUCACCUUUAUGCUGAAGAAAAAUUUUAAUUAACUCACCCUAAAUUGGUUCCUGCUAAUACGAGAAGGAUAUAAGAAAAUUAAUGAAAAAGAAGGAUACAAUAUGCAGCGAUAUUUGCUUGUUUCUUCUUAACGAUAUUAUUAGUUUCUUCUUGUAGAUUAUCGAGCACUGUACAUUGAGUAAUUUAUAUAUUACCAAUUUUUUACAUGAUCAGAAUUGAACAGCACCUGAUGCGCGUGUAUGGUGUGAUUCAGAAUUAUGAAUGAGAAUAUUGGAUCUGUGUGGUAUGUUUGCUGUACGCAUGAGUCAUAUAAUUGAAAAAUGAAGUAACGGCGGUAGCGAGAACACUUUUAAUGUACAUAUUUAUAUUAUAUUAACGAUACAUCGUAAACUGUAUUUAUUAUUGUAAGUAGGAUCUUGUCGCAUUAUUUUUUCUAAACUUUUGUACAGAAUUGUGUACAUAGCGAUUGCGAGAAUGUUUGAGAAAUAAACUUUUACCCUCGUACAAUAACGAGAAACUACGUAACAAGAUGGCUUUUCGUUCGUUCGAAACUAAUCAAUCAAAUCGACAGUAACUUCAAUUAUUUCCAUAAAGCUAAAUAUCGCGCAUUUGACACCCUUUAAUUUUGCAAUUCUGUGCAAAGGUUGAUUUCAUUUUUUCAAAGACACGGUGCACCCAUAUUUUCGGUAUACAGUGCAGAAGAUUAUUUAAAAGCGAGAAGUGAAGAAAGAAACGAAGAUGUUUUAUCGUUUUGGAACGAAUAUACGGCCAUCUGUAAAUAAAUCAUUGUUUUUAAACAAUAA